AUGUCCAAGGCACUAGCGAACGAGAGCCGCGCAGCUGGCCCGCGAGAGGAUGGCGAGGGCGGCCCCAGGAGGAGGAGGUGGGGGCUGUUGGUCACUGCUGGUGUCGGUGGGACCUUGGUGGCACUCUAUGCUGCGGCCACCCCCUUCGUCACCCCGGCUCUGAGGAAGGUGUGCCUUCCCUUCGUUCCUGCAACUGCCACCCAGAUCCAGAAUGUGCUGAAAAUGUUAGAAAACAGAAGCGGCUCCCUAGUUGACAUUGGUAGCGGGGAUGGCCGUAUUGUGAUAGCAGCUGCAAAAAGGGGAUUCAAAGCUGUUGGUUAUGAAUUAAAUCCCUGGCUAGUCUGGUACUCCAGGUACCGUGCCUGGAGAGAUGGGGUACAUCAGAACACCAAAUUUUAUAUUUCGGACUUAUGGAAGGUUUCUUUUUCCCGUUAUACGAAUGUUGUUGUUUUUGGGGUACCUCAAAUGAUGCCACAGUUGGAGAAGAAGCUGCAAGAAGAACUUGAAUGUAAUGCCAGAAUCAUUGCUUGUCGUUUUCCUUUCCCUUGCUGGAUCCCAGAUUAUACUACUGGAGAGGGAAUAGACACUGUGUGGGCAUAUGAUUUGAAACAUUCUAGAGGAUGUGAAACAAAAAGCUUGGAAAUUACACCAGAGACAGAAUCUUAAACAUCUGAUUUGGUUUUGUACUGAAAUUUUUGGCUUUGACU